AUGCUGCCUGCCUGCUGCAAGGCCCAGCUCUGCUCCUGCUGUGGCCCAGCUCCCUGCAGCGUGUGCUGCCCCGGCUGCAAGGCGUCCACCGGCACCCGGCUCCUCUACAUGCUCUUCCACAUCCUGGCCUGCGCCAGCUGCUGCAUCCUGCUCUCCCGCACCGCGACCAAAGUCAUCAAGGAGAACGUGCCUUUUUACACGGUGCUGUGCGAGCACCUCCCUGCGGGCGCCGACUGCAACAUCCUGGUGGGCUACUUGGCCGUCUACAGAGUCUGCUUUGGCACAGCCAGCUUCCACCUGGCUCAGGCCGCCUUCCUGGUCAACAUCAAGUCCAGCAGCAACCCCCGCGCUCUGCUGCACAAUGGGUGCUGGCUCCCGAAGCUGCUCGCUCUGGUGGGGCUGUGCGCUGCAGCCUUCUUCAUCCCGGAACAGCACUUCGUCCAAGCCUGGCACCUCGUGGGUGUCUGUGGGGGCUUCAUGUUCAUCCUGGUCCAGCUGGUGCUGAUCACAGCCUUUGCCCACACCUGGAACAAGAACUGGGUCAGCGGAGCCUCCAAAGACAAACGCUGGUACCUGGCUGUGUUCCUGGCCACACUGGGCUUUUACGGAGUGGCCUCCACUGCUUACACCUUCCUGUACAAAUUCUACACCCACCCGGGUGGCUGCACUCUCAACAAGGGGCUGCUGGCGCUCAACGGGGGCCUGUGCCUCCUCAUGUCCUUCGUGUCGGUCACCCCCUGCGUCCGCCUCCGACAGCCUAGCUCCAGCCCCCUGCAGGCCUCCAUCAUUUGCUGCUAUGUCAUGUACUUGACCUUUUCAGCCCUGUCCAGCCGCCCGCCGGAAAAAGUGCAGUACAAGGGGCAAAAUCUUACCAUUUGCUUCCCCAGCGUCAGUAAGGAUGGAAUGCAGACAGAAGACACCACUGUUGCGGUUGUGGGGGCUGGCAUCAUGUAUGCCUGCGUCCUCUUUGCCUGCAAUGAAGCAUCCCUGCUGGCCGCCAUGUUCGGGCCCUUGUGGAUGGUCAAGGUCUACAGCUUUGAGUUCCAGAACCCCUCCUGUUGUUUCUGUUGCCCAGAGAAGAUGGAGGAGGAGCUGACAGGAGGGUCCCUUUCUGGUCCUGGCCCAGGGCAGAGACUUGGCCAGGAGGAACCCUCUGGGGUGGAACAGAUUGUCCACGAUGAACAGCACCACGUGGCCUACAGCUACUCCACCUUCCACUUUGUCUUCUUCCUGGCCUCGCUGUAUGUCAUGAUGACCCUCACCAACUGGUUCAGCUACGAGAACGCUGAGCUGGAGACCACGUUCACACAUGGCAGCUGGUCCACCUUCUGGGUCAAGGUAGCUUCCAGCUGGGCCUGCAUCCUGCUCUACUUCUGGCUUCUGCUGGGCCCGCUUUGCCUUCCUGGAUCCCAGCGGCACAACAGAUCCCUGUUGCGUGUUGUGCGGCGGCGGCGAGCGCCUCAUCGCAUCAGUGCUGCAACGUAG